CGCUGGCGUUUGGUUGGGAAGGGCGCCUCGGUUCUCGGUUAGCUAUCCGCCGACGCCUGGCGAGGCCGGAAGAACUUUUUGAGUGAUUAUUAGAGAUACGCUGGCUAUGUGCUUAUAGAUGUAUAUUUUAUAGAAAAGACGUUUCAACCUUAUUAGAAAAAAGACAAAGAGAGUGCUAUCCAAUUCAAUUCCUAUCGAGGUUCGCAAGUAGCGUCAUGCGUCCUGAAGAUGCCCCCGAAGGACGGCGCGAGCGAGUGUCCCCGGGCCUGUAGGAGGGAGGAAUCGAGCCAGCGCCGCGGGAGACCGAGCAUGGAGACGGAGGGAGCCCCGUGAUGCUCCCGCAGCGACAGAGGCGAGAGAGUGAGAGACCCGACGCCACGAGAUUAUGGAUGCUGGUGCUUUCCUGGCGCCGCUGAUCCCGCCCUGGUCUCCGUCGACGGCCGCGCCCUCCACAGCGCUGGCCGAGCACCUGCAAGACCUCCUAGGCGCCGCCAACGACUCCCUCAAGGUCGUCCUCAAGCCGUCGAGCGCUCUGGAGUCGCUCGCGCCCACCAUGGCCGCCCCGACGACCUCGUGGGCGCCCUCGGACGAUGCCCUCGUCAACUUCACCCUCGACGCGGCGGCGGCCAACCUCACCCUCAACGGGACGCCCUCCGACGACGACCUCGACGUCCAGGAGUUCAUCUUCAACAACCUGGGGCCUCAGAGACUACCGUACCGCACUAGCCUGACGGUGGUUUACGUGCUGAUCGCCGUCGCUGGCCUGGUGGGAAACGUGCUGACUUGCCUGGUGGUACUGAGGAAUCUCUCGAUGAGGACGUCGACCAACUACUACCUCGUCAACCUCGCCGUCGCCGAUAUAAUCACUCUCCUAUUCGCGCUACCGAUGGAGGUGUACCACAUGUGGCUUCAGUAUCCGUGGAUUCUUGGCGACGCCUUGUGCCGCGUGAGAGCCAUCGUGCCGGAGACCUUGGCCCAUGUCUCCGUACUCACCAUUCUGGCCGUGUCUGGAGAGCGAUACGUGGCCAUUACUGACCCUGUCUUGGCCCGCACGACUCACACGCUCUCCCGGACGGCCCGCGUCGUGCCCAUUAUCUGGCUGGUGGCACUGUUGGCAGCCACGCCCUGGGGGUACUAUCAUCAGGUGAACCAGCUGACCCUACCCUCUGGCACCGUCCUGAAGGAGAGUUCCUGGUGCGCCGUGCCCUUCCACGACGUCUCGUGCAACUGGGCGUGGCUCAUGUGGGCGUCCAGCGUCGGGGCUUUUAUUUUACCCAUGGGCGUGCUGGUCACACUCUACUGCAAGAUAGGGAUAGUCCUCUCCAUUGACCCGCCGUCGAGAACUCCCUCAGCGGGAAACGGAGCCAUGCACACCCGCAGGCUGGGUAUUCGCAUGCUGGUAGCCGUUGUGGUGGUCUUCUUCCUGUGCUGGGCGCCCUUCCACGCCCAGAGGCUCAUGUUCGUCAUCGUCACCAGCUACGGGGAGUGGACGCCACAUCUCAGAACUGUCAACGCUAAUCUCUACUAUUUCACAGGUCUGUGCUACUACCUGAACUCCGCCGUUAACCCCGUCCUCUACUCUAUCAUGUCGGUGCGCUUCCGGAUCGCCUUCCGCCGCUCUCUUUGUGGAGGGAAGGAGUGGGCGCGGCGACAGCUCUACAUCUCCAACACGUACGGCCCGCAGAUCGCCUCCAACCACUCCAACUUCCUCAACCGCACGCGCGAGGUCUCCACCGCGUCCACCAAAUUCGUGACGCGCGCCGACCCGAAGCGCCAGCUCGAACCGCCGAAUCGAAACGGCUUCACGUACGCCUACGAGCCGAUGGACCUUGAAGGCUGAGUCGCCACCGAUGGAGGGCGUGGCCGCUGGGCUGUGGGUGGAGGGAAGUGGGCGGGGGUGUGUGGGUGAUGUAAAGGCUCAAAUAUAUGUCUGUGUGUGUGUGUGUGUAUAUAUAUAUGUAUAUAUAUAUAUAUAUAUGUAUAUAUAUUCACUAACAAUAAUCGUAUACACAAACCCAAGGGCAUUAUAUACAGUAUAUACAAAGACAGACACUAGUGCACAUUGUAUGCACUGUUCUGAAAAGACUCUUUACUUACAAAAGUGGGUAGGUGUGAGAAUCUGUGUAUAUUACGAUGUUGUCUGUUGUUUAUAACAAUGGCCGAAUGAUAUAUUCAUUGUGAUUCAAUCUAAUCAUUGUAUGUUGCACAUUAUCUGUUACAGCGUCAUGGACAUGUUUAAAUGUUAUCAGUUAAUGAGUUUAUACUAGGGAAGAGGAACACAUUUCCAUUGUAUGGCCAUUCAGGUAUAAACACUAAAUGUCACGUGAUCUGUCUGUUUUCCGGUUGUCCUUUCCUUCCAGGAGAGAAGUGUUGUAUCAAGGUGAAAAAACUAUGACGAAAAGACUAUGUUUUGUGGCAUUCUACGGCGCACAGUUGUGACGAGAUUUACGCUCAUAAAGGCCGGUGAAAAGUGCGCUUUGUGCGGUAAUUAAGGAAGCGGUUUAUUACGAUAAUUAUUCAUGCUCAGUGAUUACGAUCCCCUUAUUGCAGUAUGUGUGAAAAUAAUUACAGACUAACAUGUAUAAAGAUAAAGUGAAACAGCCACAAUAAGACUUUUUAAUUUAUGCUUACCAUGGCUGUGUUUCACACACACACACACACACACACAUACACAC